GGGUUGGGGAUUUAGCUCAGUGGUAGAGCACUUGCUUAGCAAGCGAAAGGCCCUGGGUUCGGUCCCCAGCUUGGGGGGGGGGGGGGGGAGAGAAAGAAUACAACCUUACAAAAUGUGGAAGAGGAGGUAAACAAAAGGAGGGGGAAAGACAUUAUCCGUUUUCUAGGGUUCUUUUCCUGAUGCAGCAUAACAAAAUAGCACCUUGACAUAAUAUUUACAUUAUAUUUGGGGAGGAGGCCAACUCAGGUAUUCUUAAUUUCCAAACCUCCUCUGACUCUUCCAAAGACACUGAUUUUUAUCACCUCAUUAUUUUUUUAUGCCUGUUAUGAGUAUUUUGCCCACAUGUAUAUCUGUGUACCAUGUGCAGGCCUGGGGCCCACAAUGGCCAGAAGAAGGCAUCCGAUUCCCCUGGCACUGGAGGUACAUAGGACUGUGAGCCAUCAUGUGGGUGCUGAAAAUUGAACUUGAGUCUUCUAGAAGAACAGCCAUUGCUUUUUGACCACUGAGCCAUCUCUCUAGCCCAAACCAGAUUCGUAAAGGAUCAGUCUCACAUGUGUAUAUGUGCGGCAGGAGGAAUAUUCAAGGUAACAUUCCAAAUAUAAUGAGGAAAAGCAUGGUCACUCCAGUUAAAGUGACCCUGAAAGAAGAUGCCAAAAAAGGAGCUGGAAACUCAAGGGAUGGAGGGAGAGAGGGAGAGAGGGAGGGAGAGAAGGGGGACAGGGAUGGGAGAGGGACUGAGGGGAGAAGGAGGGAGGGAGGGGGAGAGCAAAAAGAUAUAAAAGAAGUAACUGCAAUUAGCAACUUUACAAGUAAAACAACAGAGAAAGCGAGACCACUUUCUUAGAAGAACACAAGGAAGCUUUGCCUUAAAAGAACACAGUGGGAGGGAGGGGUACGUACAAACAAAAUGUGUUUAUGAAACUCUCAAAAAAAAAAACAAAUAAACUCAACACUGCAGGCUGGGAAUGCUGCUCUGGGAUACAGCCCUUGACCAACAUGCAGCCAAUCCCUGAACUCCACUCCCAGUGCCACUCCAAACAACAAAGAAACAAACAAAAAACUAUGGCGAGUUUUAUUCUUAAUUUCAAACUAAACUGCUAAAUAAAGCUGGUAUGGUUAUCAUAUUAAAUCAUUUCUUAAAUAAAUGUAAAGAUCUCACCAGUUACAUGCUUAAUUAUAAAGUUCUUCCCCAAAACGAAAGCUCGGCUAUUUCUGUAUCUGCUACCAGAGGAAAAUGAAACUGGCUAUUACCAAACAGAGGACAAAAAUACAUCCUGCAGGCCUAUUUAUGGGAUCAUCUACAGAGGCUCCUUCUCCCACCAUUGCCUAUAAAUACUAUAAUGAGGGCCUGAGAGAUGAUUCAGCAGGUAACUGUGCUCGCUGCGAAACCUGAAGAUCUGAGUUCCAUCGCCGGGACCCACAUGAGGGAAGCACUUCAUGGCAGCUGUCCUCUGACCCCCUCCAUACAUGUAUCAUGGUGUGGAAACAGGUUAAAAACAUUAAGUAUAUACAGUAACAAAUAAUUUGUGGUGUAUUGGAUAGUUUUAAACCAAAUAAUCUUCUGUAUCAAUUACCUACAUCUUUGUUUCUGACCUGGGGAUUAAAUACCGGAAUCAAUGGACAGGAAGCUGAAGUACAGCUGAGCGUAGGGCACUUGCCUAGCAGACCCGAGACCCUAGCUCAAGGUCCAGCACAGAGAAAAAAGAACAGAUGGUAGACAGACAUGCAGACAGACAGUCUCUUUCUACUUUAACUUACCUAUAAUUGUUUUGCUGACUUUCUGUUGCUUCAUAUUAACAUUUUAUAUUUCCCUUUUUAGAUUUGAUGAAUUAUUACUUCUUGGAGAAUUUUACACAAUGUAUUUUUAAAGAUUUAUUCACUGUAUGUAUAUGGGAGCUCUGCUUUGAUAGAUGUCUGUGCCGUCCUGCUGAUGCCUGCAGAGUUAGGAAGGGCAUCUGGUCCUGCACAGAAUACAUUUCGGAUAUACUCACCUCCCCAUCUCCUUCCCUUGUCACCCUCUCAACUCUCCCAGCCCACUGCAUCCAACUUUGAGAUUCCUGUAAAAACAAGUCACUUCUUUCUCCAUCUGUCCCAGUUUAUGUGAUCCAGAUAAUCUUGGGAUUUGGACCUGCUCUGUUAUGUAAUCAGUCUGCCAGAUCAAAACAAAACAAAACAAAACAGGGUCCUCACUCUCAUGGCAGUCAUAAAAUGCUAACUAUCUGCUCAGCUAGCGGAGUGGCUACAUAGCUACCCUCCUGUCCUCUAGGAAGGGAUUUUGUCCAGCCAAAGUUUGCGCAGGUCUAAUGCAGGAUGUCACAAACACUGCAAGCUCAUGUAUGUGGAUACGCCUGUUGUGUCUGAUCUUUCUAAUCUCUUCUGCUAAGAUCCCUGAGUCUUAGCAUGGGAAACAGCGCAUCCGACCUGGGGCUGAACACCCUACAGCCUAUUGUUCUCUGCAUGUUGAUCAGCCGGGUCUCUGUGUUAACCGAUACCUACUCCAAGGAGAAGUGUUUCUGAUGGUUGACAGAUGCUCUGAUCUUAUUAUACUUCAUAACACACACACAAACACACACACUCAUACACACACACACACACAAACACACACACUCAUACACACACACACAAACACACACACUCAUACACAUACACACACAAACACAAACACACUCAUACACAUACACACAUACACACUCACACACACAUACACACAUAUACACAACAUAUACACAACACACACAUACACACACAUAUACACACACACAUACACACUCACACACACAUACACACACACAUAUACACAACACACACAUACACAACACACAUACACACACACAGAGAGAGAAAGAGAGAGAUCAUAACAUGUAGUUACAUAGGUCAUAGGCUCUAGGAGAUAACUCAGUACUAAUACUAUAAAAUAUGCUAAAUAACCACAGUAUUAAAGCUAAUACUAAAGGCUUUUUAAAAAUUUCUGUCCAACUAUUUCAAUCAGGGUCCCUGGUCUUGGUGUUAAGAAGCUCAUACAUCAAAAGUAUACUUUAAUUUCAUUCGUAUAUAUUAUAAAUACUUAUGUUCCUUAGGGAUAUUUCAUAUUGUGUUCUGGAGGCUGGUAAUGUCUGUGUGCUAUGUUUGAGAUUCUCUCUCUCUCACACACACACACACACACACACACACACACACACACACAGAGAGAGAGAGAGAGAGAGAGAGAGAGAGAGAGAGACAGACAGACAGACAGAGAGACAGAGAGACAGACAGAGAGACAGAGACAGAGACAAGGCUGCUUGGGAUCUUUUGGUCUAGCGAUUCUUUUAACAAUGAGAAGUCAGAGUCAUCAAAAGAUGGUUGGAGGGGCUGGGGAUUUAGCUCAGUGGUAGAGCGCUUACCUAGGAAGCGCAAGGCCCUGGGUUUGGUCCCCAGCUCCAAAAAAAAAAGAACAAAAAAAAAAAAAAAAAAAAAAAAAGAUGGUUGGAAGGAACAACAACAGAAGCACACUCUGCUUCCCACUAGUCCUCUUGAUGUUCUGUCUUCUUCUGCUCCUGACCCUAUCCCUCUCACAAACAAGGUUAGAUAAUGUGACAGACAUAGAAUGUCACCAAGGAGAUAAUUUAUAAAAGAUCAUUCAUGUUGAUGCUGGUAACGAAGCUAUGGCAUUAGUGUUUAAGAAUUUUUCACAUCUGUAAAUUGUGGUAUUCUGCAUUCUUUCUUUGCGAUUUGUAUCCCUUUGACCUCUGUUUGUUGUCUAAUUGCUGUAGCUAGGACUUUGAGUACUUUAUUGAAUAGGUAGGGAGAAAGUGGACAGCCUUAUCUAGUCCCUGAUUUUAGUGGGAUUGCUUCAAGUUUCUCUCCAUUGAGUUUGAUGUUGGCUACUGGUUUGCUGUAUAUGACUUUUACUAUGUUUAGGUAUGGGCCUUGAAUUCCUGAUCUUUCCAGGACUUUUAUCAUGAAGGAGUGUUGAAUUCUGUCAAAUGUUUCUUCAGCAUCUAAUGAGAUGAUCCUGUGGUUCUUAUCUUUGAGUUUGUUUAUAUAGUGGAUUAUGUUGAUGGAUUUCCAUGUAUUGAACCAUCCCUGCAACCCUGGGAUGAAGCCUCUAUGAUCAUGAUGGAUGACUGUUUUGAUGUGCUCUUGGAUUUUAUUGAGUAUUUUGGCAUUGAUAUUCAUAAGGGAAAUUGAUCUGAAGUUCUCUUUCUUUAUUGGGUCUUUAUAUGGUUUAGGUAUAAGAGUAAUUAUGGCUUCAUAGGAGGAACUGGGUAGUGUUCCUUCUGUUUCUAUUUUGUGGAAUAGUUUAGACAGUAUUGGUAUUAAGUCUUCUAUGAAGGUCUGAUAGAAUUCUACACUAAAGCCAUCUUGUCCUGGACUUUUUUGGUUGGGUGACUUUUAAUAACUGCUUCUAUUUCUUUAGGGGUUAUGGGAAUGUUUAGAUGGUUUAUCUGAUCCUGAUUUAACUUUGGUACCUGAUACCUGUCUAGAAAAUUGUCCAUUUCAUCAAGAUUUUCCAGUUUUGUUGAGUAUAUUCUUUUGUAGUAGGAUCUGAUGAUAUUUUUUUUUUAAUCUCCUCAGUUUCUGUUGUUCCUUUUCACUUCUGAUUUUGUUAAUUUGGAUACUGUCUCAGUGCCCUCUGGUUAGUCUGGCUAAUAUGAUAGUUUACUUAAGUGUACCCAAAAAUUCCACCAGAGAACUCACUCCUACAGCUGAUAAACAAAUUCAGCAAAGUGGCUGGAUAUAAAAUUAACUCAAACAGCUCUUGAACCAGGCAGCCUCGGCCGUAAACAAAGACGCAAUGGCCAAGAUUAAGGCUCGGGACCUGCCCAGCAAGGAGAAGGAGGAGCUGUUGAAACAACUGGAGGAUCUGAAGGUGGAACUGUCCCAGCUUUGUGUCUCCAAAGUGACAGGCGGCGCCGCGUCCAAGCUCUCCAAGACAGGAGUCAUACGCAAAUGCAGCGCCUGUGUCCUCACUGUCAUUAAUCAGACUCAAGAGGAAAGCCUCAGGAAAUUCUACAAGGGAGAGAAGUACAAGCCCCUGGAUCUGCCACCCAAGAAGACGACUCACCGCUGGCUCACCAAGCAGGAAGAAGAGCUGAAGACCAAGAAGCAGCAGCAGAAGGAGUGGUUGUACCCACUGCGCAGGUGCGCAGUCGAGGCCUGAGACGACGACGACAAUAAGGUGCAAGACUGACUAAAAAAAUUAACUCAAACAAAUCAGUAGCCUUCCUCUACUCAAAGGAUAAACAGGUUGAGAAAGAAAUUAGGGGGCUGGAGAGAUGGCUCAGUGGUUAAGAGCACUGACUGCUCUUCUAGAGGUCCUGAGUUCAAAUCCCAGCAACCACAUGGUGGCUCACAACCAUCUGUAAUGGGUUCUGAUGCCCUCUUCUGCUGUGUCUGAAGACAGCGACAGUGUACUUAUAUAAAUAAGAAUAACUAAGUCAAAAAAAAAAAAAAGAAAGAAAGAAAUUAGGGAAAGGACACCCUUCACAAUAGUUACAAAUAAUAUAAAAUACCUCGGUGUGACUCUAACCAAGCAAGUGAAAGAUCUGUAUGACAAGAACCUCAAGUCUCUGAAGAAAGAAAUUGAAGAAGAUCUCAGAAGGUGGAAAGAUCUCCCAUACUCAUGGAUUGGCAGGACUAAUAUAGUAAAAAUGGCCAUUUUGCCCAAAGCAAUCUACAAAUUCAAUGCAACCCCCAUCAAACUUGCAACUCAAUUCUUUACAGAGUUAAAAAGAGCAAUUUGCAAAUUCAUUAGGAAUAACCAAAAAAUAAAAACAAAAAACAAGAUAGCCAAAACUAUUCUGAAUAAGAGGAUUUCUGGAGGAAUCACCAUCUCUAACCUCCAGCUGUGUUACAGAGUACACAGGGAUGGACCUAUGGCUCCAUCCACAUACGUAGCAGAAGAUGGCCUUGUCAGGCAUCAGUGGGAAGAGAGGCCCUUGGUCCUGUCAAGGCUCCAUGCCCCAGUGUAGGGGAAUGUCAAGAUGGGGAAGUGGCAGGGAGUGGAUGGGUGGGUGAGGGACCAUCCUCAUAGAAGCAGGGGGAGGGAGAUAGUGGGUUUCUGGAGGGGAAACCAGGAAAGGGGAUAACAUUUAA